AUGCACCUGCUUCGGAUCAGCAUCCAAGUUUUCUUCCUGGUGCUCGCCGGUUCCUUCACUGUCCAUCCCAAUCCCCGGCGCAAUGAGAUCAUCUGGGAUGAUGCCAAUAAGGAUCUCAGUCUGGAUUCCACCACCUCGAUGAUGUGGUUCAAUGGCAGCGAUGCGGGUCCCGAGGUGAAAAUGUUCGAGAGGAGCAGGGAGGCCAAGUACCAUCAACUUCCGAGGUACAGUGAAGCGGGUGAAAUGGGCCAGAUGCGUGUCUACAAUGUCGGUGUACUAAUGGCUUCUCAUUUGGAUUCCCCAUUCGAUCUGGAGCGUUGUGGACCGGCCGUGGAUUUGGCCCUGGACGAGAUUAACAAAGUCUUCCUAAAGCCCCACAAUAUAACCCUGUUGAAAAAGAAGGGAAGUUACCCAUCCUGCUCGGGCGCUCGGGCUCCAGGACUUGCGGCCGAUAUGCAUUUCCAGGACGACGUAAUCGCGUUUAUUGGCCCAGCCUGCGCCUUUGCCCUUGAGCCGGUGGCACGUUUGGCCGCCUACUGGAACACGCCCAUCAUCACCGGCAUGGGAGAUCAGCCGCCUUCCUCGGAGGGUGAGCUCACGGUGACUUCCGGGAUCCUGGGAAGGAUACACAAGUGGAAGAACGAGAAUACGGGUAUGUUCAAGGACAAGUCCAAGUACCCGACUCUGACCAGGAUGUCCUACUGCCAGUGCCGGCUCAUCCUCGUCUUCGCCAGCGUCAUCCGGCAGUUCAACUGGAAGCACGUGGCCCUGCUGGUGGACAGAUCGGAGCUCUUCUCGUGGACGGUGGGCAAGAACCUGGAGUACGGACUGCGGCAGGAGGGACUUUUGAAAUUCGUAAAGGAGCUCAAUGGGAACGAAGAGGAAAGCUACGAUAACUAUCUGAAGGAUGCCAGCAUGUAUGCCAGAGUUGUCAUCCUUUCAGUUCGCGGAGUUCUGGUGCGCAAAUUCAUGCUAGCGGCCCACAGUCUGGGCAUGACCAACGGUGAGUGGGUCUUCCUGGACGUGGAGAUCUUCCAGAGCGAAUAUUGGGGCGACAAGGGGUGGGAGAUGAAGGACGAGCACGACGCAAAGGCUCGAAAGGCGUAUGAGGCCCUUUUGAGGGUCAGUCUUCUGCAGCCGACGAGUCCCAAGUUUCAGGAUUUUGCAGAUAAUGUUAGGGAGAAUGCGCUCUACGAUUACAACUAUACGUUUGGCGAGGGCGAGGAGGUGAACUUCUUCAUUGGAGCCUUCUACGAUGGUGUCUAUCUCCUGGGAAUGGCCUUGAAUGAGACCCUCACCGAGGGUGGUGAUAUCCGGGAUGGCGUCAAUAUUACGAGAAGGAUGUGGAACCGCACCUUCGAGGGCAUCACGGGGCAUGUGCGAAUCGAUGAUAAUGGCGAUCGAGAUGCGGACUACUCCAUUCUGGAUUUGGAUCCAAUCAACGGAAAGUUUUCGGUGGUGGCCCACUAUUCCGGUGUUCACAAAGUGUAUUCAGCUGUUCAUGGCAAGAAGAUUCAUUGGCCAGGUGGCCGCGAGGAGCCUCCGCCGGAUAUUCCACCCUGUGGCUUCCAGAACUCAUCAGAUUGCCUUGGAAACUUUUCCACCAUUAUGUACUCUGUAUUUGGUUUGGCUGCCUUCUUGGGUCUUGUGUUACUGGUUAUUUGCCUGCUCCAAAAGCAAAUGAAGCUCAGCAAGGAGCUGAACAAUAUGUCCUGGCGUGUUCGGCCCGACGACGUCCUGAUCGAGAUGGGAGGCAUGUUUGGCUCAAAGGGCGGAUUGCAGCGCCUGGAUGUGGAGAACAUCUCGCUGCAGCAGUUUGGAAUCCACUCAGGCCGAGCUUCGGUGGCUAGCUUCACUUCGCUACCGCCCCAGGUGUACACCACCAUAGGUCAAUUCAAGGGCGAGCGGGUGGCCAUCAAGAAGGUGAACGUAAAGAAGGUGGACCUAACGCCGCAGCUCCUCUGGGAGAUAAAGCAGGCGCGGGAUGUGAGCCACGAGAAUACGGUGCGAUUCGUGGGCGCCUGCAUCGAUCUGCCAAGACCGACUGUCCUUAUUUUAACGGAAUAUUGCUCGCGUGGGAGUCUGAAGGAUGUCCUGGAGAACGAGGCCAUCGAGCUGGACUGGAACUUCCGCAUGUCCCUAAUCCACGACAUCGUCAAAGGCAUGAACUACCUGCACAACAGCGAUGUGGCGGCCCAUGGAAAACUCAGGUCCUGCAACUGCCUCAUCGACGGACGGUUUGUGCUCAAGAUAUCCGAUUUUGGGCUGAGGACUCUGACCACUCCCUCGGAUUUUGUGCGGGAUCAAAACUAUUAUCUAAAGCUUCUGUGGAUCGCCCCGGAACUUCUCCCACUGACCUCCAUUCCGGGUUGCUGCCCGGCCACUCAGCGCGGCGACGUCUACUCCUUCGGCAUAAUUCUAGAGGAGAUCGUCAAUCGCGGUGGACCCUACCAGGAGGCCCGCCAGCAGAUGGACGUCCAUACGAUCCUGCACAAGGUGCGCCAGUGCAGCGGAUUUAGGCCACUCAUCCGAGAACGUGAGUGUCCGCCGGAUCUGCUGGAGCUCAUGGAAAAAUGCUGGGCGGACAACCAGGAGGAAAGGCCCACAUUCUCCACGAUACGCAGCAAUAUUCGCACCAUAAUGAAGGGCUUUUGUGAAAACCUAAUGGACGACUUGCUGAACCGCAUGGAGCAGUAUGCCAACAAUCUGGAGAGCCUUGUCGAGGAGAAAACCCGUCAGUUGAGCCUGGAGAAGCAGCGCACCGAGGAGCUGCUCUACCAGAUCCUCCCACGUCCCGUCGCCCAGCAACUGAUGGCCGGCGAUCUCGUGGAGCCGGAGGAGUUCAGCAGCGUGACGAUUUACUUCAGUGACAUCGUCGGCUUCACCGAGCUCUGUGCCCGCAGCAGUCCCAUGGAUGUGGUCAACUUCCUGAACGACCUGUACAGCACCUUCGACCGGAUCAUUGGUUUCUACGAUGUCUACAAGGUUGAGACUAUUGGCGAUGCGUAUUUGGUGGUCUCGGGAUUACCAGAGCCCAAUGGCGAUAAGCAUGCCCGCGAGAUUGCCCUGAUGGCCCUGGACAUUCUGCAGGCGGUCAGCUCCUUCAAUCUCCGCCACAAGCCGGAGUACAAAAUCCAGAUUCGUAUAGGGAUGCACUCGGGAUCCGUUUGCGCCGGAGUCGUGGGCAAGAAGAUGCCUCACUACUGUUUGUUUGGGGACACCGUCAACACGGCAUCGCGGAUGGAGAGCACCGGCCAGCCGGGAAAGAUUCAUGUUUCCUCCGCCACCAAGGUUAUUUUGGAUAAGUUUGGAACCUUCCAGUUGGAGCAGCGCGGCGAUGUUGAGCUGAAGGGCAAGGGCACCGUGACCACCUACUGGCUGAACAGCACCACCGAGGGCGAGGCACGACCGCCCACUCCCCAGAUCCUCACCACCGACGAGGUGCCUUUCCCGCUGCUCUUCGCUGGGAUGGGAAAGUAA